AAUAUCAUAUUUUCCCAGAGUUCGACACAAAACUCAUUAGGGUUCAACAGAUAGAUAUGGCGACGAUGGCGGACUCUCCAAGCAGCGACUCCGAUAUCGAAAUCGAUAACAAUCCAAACCCUAACACUAACCCUAAUCUAAACACAGACGCAUUAAACCCUACUAAUCCGUCGAGUUCUCCCGUCGUUUGCCUCCUGAGAUUCGGAGGCGACUCCGCCGCCGGCGCUUUCAUGGGCUCUAUUUUCGGCUACGGUUCAGGAUUGAUUAAGAAGAAAGGCUUUAAAGGAUCUUUUGCAGAUGCAGGAUCUUCUGCUAAGACAUUUGCAGUUCUGUCCGGGGUUCACAGUUUGGUUGUUUGCUUUAUGAAGAGGUUGCGGGGGAAGGAUGAUGUCAUUAAUGCGGGAGUGGCUGGAUGUUGCACUGGUCUUGCUUUGAGUUUCCCAGGUGCGCCUCAGGCCCUUCUUCAGAGCUGCCUCACCUUUGGGGCUUUCUCAUUUAUCAUUGAAGGGCUUAACAAGCAGCAGCCGGCAUUGGCACUGGCACGUCCAUCAUCGGCAAGAAUCAAAAGUAGGAAUUACGGGAUACUUCCUCCGUUAUCGGUUGAACUUCCGAAUGAGCUUAGAGAUUCCUUUACUUUCUUCUGUCAAUCCAUUAAAAAACGUGGCAAGGGCAAUUUUCGUGCACCCCAAUAAACUUGUGGUGCAUCAGUUGUGCCCGUUUGAUCUUUAUGUAGAAUGUCAGUAUGGUUAUGAAGUACAAGGAAACUAUGAAUUGGAUGCUUUC